AUGGCGGAGCCACCACAACCUCAAAAUCUCAGCGGCCUGACAACACAGUUCCGCAGCGCGGUGGAAAGCCUCACGCACGAAUGGGGCUUCGUUGUCGUGCGCACAGCUUACGCCGUCGGUAUUGACGAAGCACAAUGGGCCGCCGCCUUGGAGAAGCUGCGAGCCUACGCCACUCGGGAAGAUGACGACGCCGAGAUGGACCUCGACACCUUUGCGCUGCCCGUCAUAGCCGACGGUACCAUCCUGCGCGGCGCCGAUUACACCUCCGUGCGCAAGGCCUUCAACGGGUGGGUGAACGAUUUCGUCCGCUGCGAGGGGCCCUCAGAUGACGACUACCAAGAUGAAGCGUGGACGUCCGACGUGCGCCGCGACGUCUGCAUCGUCAUCGACGAGCCUGCGCUGGCUUCACUGCUCAAAGCGCCAGACUUUGUUCCCGGUAAGGUCCCGAACCUUGAAUUGGAACCGUGGGUUGUCGUAGUCGACACCAAAAACCCAGCGAGCGUGCCUUACGGCGGGGGAGGGCCGUACAUGGGCUUCACGAGAUCGCGCGCGCGUGCUCUGGGUCAGCUGUUUGAGGAACUCGGCUCGCGGUCUCUGGCAAGACUAAGCCGUGUUCGAGAGUACGACGGCCAGAUACCGCUUUAUGACGGUUCUUCGCGUGGCAAGCUUAUCGAUCCUGCUGGUGGAGUGGAUGGACGAUACAGGUUUCCCCGAGGCACGCCAAGAGGAGCAGACGGCGGGCGGGCCAUGUUGGAGGAGAUUGAGCGAGCUGUGGGCAGAGCAGACGGCUCAGGUUAUUAA